AUGGCUCACAGAAAUGCUGAUGGACUUGGUUUAAUGUAUAUGAUAGACAAAGACGACUUGGAUCGACUGAAUAAACGUGUGCCACAUAACGGUAUUUUUCAACUCAUGCAACAUGCCAACAUCGGGGAUCCAAACAUGCGGCUUCAACAUUGUUGUUACGUACAAUUAGUUGGUAAAAUUCCAAAUUAUUAUAGUAAACAGUUAUCAUCAAACUUUCAAUCGGAAGAUGUUGAAAAACAUCUAGAAUCAGCUAUUCUUUAUCAAAAUGCAACUCAACUUCUUCAGAAACGUGAAGAAUUUGCUGUUGUUGAAGAUGAUUUUGGGCCUGCACUCAGUGAAAUGUUAAUUCGUAGUAAAAAACCAUCAUACUCAAAUCUUGUUGAAGCAUGUAGAAAGUACGACAGCGACAAUAUUAAAGAGCACGUUACGACAAGUAAUGAAUCUCAUCACCAUUUUCUAGAAAAACGUAUUAAUCAAGAUGAUGCUAAAGCAUAUGCAUUUGCCAUUGCCUUUUAUACAGGCACAUAUAGUGAGAUGAUUAGUUUAAAUGCAGAUAAAUUCGCACGACGAUGGCAAAGCACAAAAGCAAUAAAUGCAGAUAUUGUUCAAGUUGAUGAUAAUGCUGCUAUGAUUAUGUAUUAUCUUAUCAAAGGUCUUUCACAUAUUAAUUUCUAUUGGGGUCGAGUUGUGAGAUAUGUCAACUUAAGUAAUAAAGAUCUCGAAGAUUACAAACCUGGAGAAAUUAUUACAUGGCUUCAGUUUAGUAGUUCUGAUAAAGGUGAUGACAGCAGUGACAAACGUCUUACAUAUUUUAACAAACGCAAUACUAAAUUCAUUAUUCAUUCAUUGACUGGUCGAAGUAUACGAGAUUAUUCAAAUUGUUUUCAAGAAGAAGAUGAAGUUCUUUUCUUACCUCAUUCAACAUUUCUACAUGUCGUAUUGUGGGUUGAUGAUCAUAUAUUUCACGAUUGGUGGGAAAACAAAGGACAUAUGGAAAAAGCUAGUACACUUGGUACUCAGCUUAAUGUUCAUUUCAUUCCAAAAUCUUCAACUGAAGCUGCAGUCUCCUUUCUUCGAUCGGAAUUCGGAAAACGAUUGAAAUGUAGCGAUACUUUUCGUAUUGUUACCGAUAUGAAUCGAGAUAAUGAGAGCUCUCCAAGCGAUGCUGGUGCUCGUCUACUUUAUGAAUUACGUAGACUUGGAUUUCAUCAAAAAUGUCUUAUAUUUACUAGUAAUGCAUCAGAAGGACGCAGAAAAUUAAAUAUGGCUUUUCAAGGAUAUCAACUGAAUGACAUCGAAGUAACUGUAAAUCCAGCAGAUCUUGAACAAUUCGUUCUUUUUAAAUGA